CUUCAGUACCGCUCUAUAGCCACAUUGGAUUAGAGCGUCACUGUCCGGUACAGGGCAUCAAUCAUCCGAUGCGAGGGACUCGACGCCGGUGAACAAACGAGUCACAUUUAGCAAGAGUUUGGACGGAAUCUUUAUUGGAAAUGGGGGUACCAAUACGAGAGAAGAUUUGGACUCAAAAAUCUGUAUUUUUUGGUGUCGGAUUGACAUCUUCCUUAUCCAUAUUUGUUUGAAAUCUCCCGGUGCAAAUCACAGCAGUAGCACGCUAACGCGUUCCAUCGCACUACAUCUGUAGUUGUUGGUUGGUGACAAACUAGCUAACGUUAGUUAGCUGUAACCAGAAUAUGGGUAUUUUUGUAAAUACAAUAGAGAUGAUUGUGCGCGAGCGUUUAGCUGCUUUUACGUUAUGACCUGCUAACGUUAGUCCUGUAUUGGAAAUCUGACCGCUAAACCCAUUCCUCUGUAGUCAGUGGUAUCAAGGUGACGGAUGGAAGUAGCUAAACUAAAGCCACUGGACUUGUGAACCGGUGCAGAUAAACUAACUAUGGCUAAUGCUAUGUGCCGUGGAAUGUUGUACGCUAGCUAGCGACACAUUGAGUAACUAACUAGCAGCUACCAUGAUUUAUAUUGUGUUAGCUAACCUCCGACAGAUGUUGGGUGUUAUGUCUGCAAUGAAAUGUAAUAUGUAAUGUAUACCACGGGCUUACACCAUGUAUGUGGUUGGCCUCGUCCUUGUCAACCCCUGUGGUUGACACAAGUAUCGUUUUUUAAAAGCAAACAGCGGGAUAAAAACGCUGUCACCGGGUAGUGGUGCUGAAAAGAAAGAACAUUUCUGUCGCUAGCUCGCUACAGUACUGUAGCUAUGGGAGCUAGCUAGCUAUGUAGCUAGCAGCACAUUAUAGCUAGCUAACCCCCCCAGAUUUUAUCAAUGGUGUCUAAUAAAUUUUUAUUCGCAAUAAUUCUAUUAUAUGUGUAUAUAGGUGUACAGUCAUUAUUUUACUUUUUUGGCGGCGUCGUUUUAACUAUUUUGGUUGCUAUGGCAUUUUUAAAUGGACCGAGACUAUUAGACUGGGCGAAUUCACCUCCCCAUCUUCAAUUCAACAAAUACGUCCUGACUGGAUACCGACCAAUAUCUUCUGUCCAAGACUGUAUAAGAAGCCUUUUUUACAUGCACAACGAACUGGGAAACAUAUACACACAUGGUAUCCCUCUGCUCUGCUUCCUGUUCCUCAUCCCCCUCAACUUCCCCUGGUCCCAGAUCAGUGUGACAUGGCUGGGUGUGGUCCACUUCCUGGCCUGCCUGUCCCCCCAGCUGGGCUCUGUGCUCUACCACCUCUUCAUGAACCACGAGGGAGGAGAGCCUGUCUACCACACCCUUCUCACCCUCGACAUGUGCGGCAUCUGCAUGAUCAACACGCUGGGAGCGCUGCCCAUCGUCUACAGCACCCUGCUGUGCUACCCAUUCACCCGCACAGUGGCUCUGCUCGUCUACAUCCUGCUGUCCAGCUACGCUAUCUACUCGGCCAUCACGGCGCGGAGUAGCGUGCGGCGUCUGCGCUCCUUUGCCUGGCAGGCCCUGUUCCGCUUCUCCUUCUUCCUGCUGCGCUGGGUGGGUGUGGGCGGCGGCAGCCCCACCUCGCUGCAACACUUCCUCACCAUGGACGCGCUGGCUGUACUGGGCGGGAUCAUCAACAUCUCGCGCAUCCCAGAGCGCUUCCGCCCGGGCCUCUUUGACUACUGGUGCAACAGCCACCAGAUCAUGCACGUGCUGGUGGUGGGCUCCAUCCUCUACCUGCACUGGGGUGUGCUGGACGACCUGCUCUGGAUCAACAGCCACCACUGUCCCUCAGACUGAGCCCCACCCUGCCUGGAGGAGGACCAGCGGGGAACAGGGUUUAGGACCUCUGGGGGGGGGGCUGUUUCAAUAGGUAAUGGUUGGGAAGGGAAGAUGGGAGGUGUUCAUGAAGACGUGCAUGGAAGGCCAGAUAAAGUGUUUUACAUAAUAGGGAUUGGUGCAGGCUUUGACACAUGUGCACCUAGCAAGAAUGUUCAUACUGUAUCUGUGUCCAUCUUGCCAUUAUACAUGCGUUGCUAUUUACAGUAUAUCACAAAAGUGAGUACGCCCCUCACAUUUUUGUAAAUA